AAAUAUUUUCUAUCCUCUGCGGUAGUGUUUAUCGUAUCAGUCGCGAUUUAGCGAUCGAACGCUCGAAGAGCUUUUCAAAUCUGAAAUUUGAUAGAGGACUUCCAACAAUCAUCGCAUCAAAGUUAAAUAGUAGGAAGACUGUCGAACGCACCAAACUUUCAUAACUGCUGUAUUCCGUUUUGGUUAUUUUGUUUUCUCAAUUUAUACGGCUUCGUAUCUACUUGAUUCGUAAAUUUUAUUACAAUUGGCGGUGGAGAAACUGCUUUCCCUUUCAAAAGUAUUUUGUAGCGGUACCCAACCUUUAGUUUAGCAUUUUCAUUUCUCUAAUGCAUGACAAUCUGAAUCAUUCCCUGAUUUAAAUUAUGGCAUGCAUCCUUAAUAUUUUGCACAUUCUCCAACCUUCAAGCAUUCCCCGAGAACUCUACAAAUAACUUUAUUACAUCGCGUAAACUACACAUACACACAUUCAUCAUUUUAGCUUUAGGCUGACAAUUGACAGUAUAAUUACCUACAUGAAAUCAUUAAAAAAAACCUAAACUAACAAAACAAAACUAAAACUAAACACAAGGUCCCGGACCAUUCGAUGAAUCUCCAUCCGAAGAUACCGGCGAAAUAUUUUACAAUACUUCAUCAUCGUCGCAUCAGCAACAUCUCUCUUACACUGACGCCAGCAGUCAUGGUACAAACUCGAACAGCAGUUAUUGUUCCCAUCAUACAAACUCAUCGGCGUCUGGCUCAGAGCGGGAUAUUGAUCCGUCGGGUUGUGUGUGCGUUGCAUCUGGUUCGAUGCCUAAUUCUCCCGUUACCGUAGAAAUCACCGGCAGUCUAGAAUCUCACAAGCAACAACAGCCGCAGCAACAGCAGCAACAACAACAGUCCCAGUCCCCAACGACUAAUGGUCCUCUGUUUUUCGGACCUAGAAAGCGCAGUCAUAGUAGCAAUUGCAAUGCGCCUUCACCAGACCCAGAGCAGGAGCACGAUCGUGAUCACGAUCACGAGAGUGGCUUCGAAUGGUGGUUUCAUAGGCGUAAAAGCUCACACAAAUCCAGGAGCCGCUCAUCCAGUCACAUUUGUGGUGGUACGACCGGUGGAAGUUUGCCAUUCCGGUCUUCGCCGGUGAGCAGCUGUUGUGGCAGCCAAGGACGGUCCAGUCCAGAAACAAUGGAACAAGAGGUUUAUGGUGGAAAUGUCAGUAACUCUACAGUGCCAUCGGCAGUGGCCACUACUAAUACUACAACGUCCACUACCGCAACUGUUCGGAAUGGUGCGGUGCCUUCACUAUACGGCCCGAUCAGUCCAGGUCAGACACCUGGUUCACAUUCUUUGUUUCUCUGUUCCGUUACACGACUAUUCUAUAUUUCUGACUUUUUUAUUUCUAGAUCUUUUUCUUCUUCUAUUGCAACACCACUCUGCACUCACGGUUUCAAUUUGAGUCCCACCCUUUUUUUCGCCGUUUCUGUCACCACCCACCAAUUUAAGAAGCACACUCAAAUCUCCUUAAAUUCACAGUAAUCAAUACAGCAUCUUUUCACAUCUUUCAGCAACUUUAUAUAAUACAGUCAUUAUCCCAAUUCCACUUGAUCCGUCCUUAGUAGUUCCUUUCACAAACCGUAGCUUUGGUCCGAUAGUUCUGUCUAUUGAGUUGCACGCAAAUCCAUGUUCCCAUUUUUAUCAAAUAAUUCGGAACUCCUUCUCUUAUGUUGAUCAGCUUUGGUUGCGUUUCGGUUUUCUUUAGUUCAAAGCAGUUGAAAGUUGGCAGCAAGUGACCAGUUUAUAUUUUCUAGCAGAAGUGAGUCAAGGCUGAAACGUUUUUAUGAAAUACCUAGUCCCUUCGCUUAAAAAAUGUGUGCCGAAAAUGUUUCCUCAUACAGUCGUCUUUUUGUAGUUGAAAUUAUUAGUCUAAAAGACAUAAACUUGAAUCUAAUUAUGGACAAUUUUGGCUCCCCAACCU